AGUUGCUUUAAAAAGUAAUUCUUACAUUUUACAUAAAAUGUUACCUACAAAAGUUGACUCUCUGGUAUCAUUAAUGAAAGUUGAGAAAGUGCCAGAUUCAACUUAUGAUAUGAUAGGUGGUCUGGAUUAAUAAGUAAAGGAAGUUAAGGAAGUAAUUGAAUUGCCAAUUAAAAAUCUAGAAAUAUUUGAAAGCUUAGGUAUAGCAUAACCAAAGGGUGUAUUACUUUAUGGACCACCAGGGACACAUCAUACAGUAUAACAUUUAUAAUUAAUAAUAGGAUUGCACAUUUAUAAGAGUGAGUGGUUCAGAACUUGUUUAAAAAUAUAUUGGAGAAGGUGCUAGAAUGGUUAGAGAAUUAUUUGUUAUGGCAUGUUAACAUUCUCCAUGUUUGAUAUUUAUAGAUGAAGUUGAUUCAAUUGGAGGUGCAAGAAUGGAAGGUGAAAGAGGAGGAGAUUCAGAAGUAUAAAGAACAAUGCUAGAAUUAUUAAAUUAAGUAAUAAUUAAUAAUAAAUAUAAUAGUUGGAUGGUUUUGAGUCUACAUAAACAAUUAAAAUAAUUAUGGCAACAAACAGAAUUGAUAUAUUAGAUGCUGCAUUAUUAAGACCUGGAAGAAUAGAUAGAAAAGUAGAAUUUCCAAAUCCUGGAGUUGAUGCUAGAUUAGAAAUAUUAAAAUACAUUCAAAAAAAAUGAAUU